CUCGGAGGAAUACGUCUCAGAGACCGCCUGAGCCGCCUCAGGAUAUAGGAGUGACAAACUUAGGGCAGGGAGGCUUGCCCCUACUGGUAGUGCACGGAGGGAGAAACAAGCAUUACACCCUCCUAUGGCUGGUCGAGGGAGAGGUGGGGGAACAAGACUUGCUAGAGUUGAUGUUGCAGGGGGGUCAACGUCGCAGACGGGUCCAUCCCAGACGGUAAACCCGACACAGUAUCAGCAUGAUUAUCAGGUGUAUGAGCAUGUGCAGGAUCAGGCGUAUCAUUUUCAAGAGCCUCAGCCUCACCAGUAUCAGUUUGAUGCGUAUCAGCAACAUCAGAAUGAGGAUCAUCAUGAGCAGCCUGGUAUUGAGCAGGAGCAGCCUGAUAUUGAGGAGCCUCAGCAACAGGAUGAUAUUGAGCAACCUCAGCAGCAUGAUAGUGGGGGUCGUUUUCAGGGGGUGUACGAGGUCGGACCAGACGGAUAUGCAGGGGAACCUUCUGAGCUGACGCUUUUACCUCACUUUGGUGGACAUCUGGCAUGCAGGGUAUGGGUCGAUGCCAAUUUUCGAAGAAAACAUAGGGUGAAAGGUAUCUCGCACGGGAAGAAGCUGAGCAUUAAAAACUUGACAUUGCCUAUGCCUGGGGAACAAAAUGAGUGGUUUUGGUUAGAAGUGAAUAUGUCUGGUCUUACUCCCUUUCUGAUUAGUGGGUACGAGAACAUCUCUCACGGGUUUGUUUGUGCGAUGACAGAGAGAUGACAUGAGGAGAUCAACAGCUUCCAUCUACUGGUUGGGGAGAUGACCAUCACAAUAGAUGAUGUGGCGUGUCUCCUAGGCAUCCCCAUCAAUGGGAGACUCCUUCUAGAUAAAGAGUUAACCCGUGAGGAGGGGCUAGAGAUGAUGCAGACAGACCUACUUUUUACAGUGGAGGCUGCUGGUAAGGAGCUGACAAGACAAGGUGCCUGCUCACAUCAGUUUUGGUGCACUGAAGACGCGGUACGUUGAAUAGGGGUAACCAACUGCUUGUGCCUGACAUAGAGGAGGAGCAAGCUCGAGUUAGGUUGGCCUGCAUUAAGGCGUUUAUGUUGCUCUUGCUUGGAUGGACCAUUUUUUCCGGCAAGAACAACAAAAACAUUAAUCUUCUUUGGCUGCUUGCGCUGCAAGAUAUGGACGAGUUGGACAGUUGGACAUGGGGUGGGAUGAGACUUGCUUUCCUAUAUGAGCAGCUAUCUCUUACCUCCGACUCAUUUGUGGUCUCCUGUGGUGGUUACAUGACAUUGCUUGUGGGAUGUACUUUGGCGAACUUCUCGAACAUCAUUCCGAGGAUUGAUGAUGAUGCCUACAACACUACUGUUUCCCCGCUUGUGAGUCAAUGGAAACCUCCAAGGGACUUUUCUAAUCCCGGACACUACAGAGCUGCCAUCGAUUCGUUGGACCAUUCACAUGUCACUUGGAGGCCGUACGAGACACGACGACACAUCACGCCCUUUGAGGACAUAUGCUGGUACUCCAGAUGGAUCAUGGCUAGCAGCGAUAGGAUGGUCCGUCACUUGGCAGAGCGGGUUCUUAGGCAGUACGGGUAUGUCCAGACUAUUCCCAGGGCUCCUAUAGACAUUGAGCUUAAUGCGGCGGAUGACGUGGCCCAGGCCUUAACGGAGUUUGCUCUACAUGUCCUCAGCCAUCAGCAUAGGGAUCAUCCGGUUCCGGAUAACCAGCUGUGGGCUCAUUAGAGUAUCACAUCCUAUUGUGAACCCCCUGCUCCAUUCCUGACUAUGCAGCUGCUGCCCCUCCUCGUCCUGUCCCUCCUUACGAGGAGGUUAUUCCCUGUAUAGUAAAUUUCACUUGUAAACCUGUGAUAUUUUCAUUUUGCAAGAUAGUAGUAACUGGACACUUUGAAUCACCGGUUUUCGCUAGUCUUAGUCCACCUUUAUGGGGGUCUUGAGUUGCUGGAAAAAUGUAGUAUUCACCACCUGGGAUAACAGGGUUACUAUUUGUGUCCAAUACUUGUUCAUCAUUUGAGAAAGCUGAUGAAAGAUUGGUGAUGAAAGCAAAUAUAAGGCGAUCAUGUCCAAUGAUGUCGUCAAACCAUUUCCAAUUAUGUUAAAAAUCAAAUCUAUAAAUCAGAUACCAAACACAACACUGACAUGUUGACAUUGAUAAUAGUUUUAAAAUUUGAUAAAAUUGAAUGUAAUUGUGUAUGUCACCCUCGAUUCAAAGUGUGGAUGCUAUAAAGGUUAAA